UCCGCCAUGCAAAGAAGGAAAGGAGCGGGGGCGGGCAUCAAAGGAGGAGCCACGCGUCAGCGGAGGCGACGGCGCGCUUCCGGCACCCGAGGCGACCCAAGUCUUCCGUUUCCGACCCCCCUCGUCCCUCCCCUCGGCAGUCGGCCGCUUCACUCGCCCAGCAGCAUCAGUCCCCCGCUCCGCUCCUCUCUCGCGUUCAGAGCCACCAACCAAACCCCUCGCCCGUCCCGACCACCCUUCCGCCGCCGCCCAACGAGCCCUCAAACGCCGCCGGGCAUUCUUCGCGUCGGCGUGGUGGGGUUCCGGGCGGGGAUCAAGGAGGCGAGGGAGGCCUCAGGGUUUUGGGGGGUCUAGUCCGAGCCUGCUCCAACGCGCGUGGGGCGGAGGGGAAUCGGCGAUGGGCAGGAAGAGGAAGGGGGUCGCGGAGGAGAUCGCUGACGCUGAGGAGUACUGCUUCACAUGCAAGGACGGCGGCAGCGACCUCCGCGUCUGCGACUUCAAGAACUGCCUCAAGGCUUACCAUCCACGCUGUACGGGAAAGGGAGAUGAUUUUCUUACUUCUGACGAGCAAUUCAUUUGCAAUUGGCACACAUGUGGCACCUGCAAAGGGAGUUCAGAUUAUCAGUGUUUGUGCUGUCCACUUUACUCGGUUUGCCGUGACUGCCUUGGAAAAGUUGACUUUGCACAAGUGAGGAGGCAGGGCAAAGGAUUUUGUGGAAGCUGUUUGAAACUGGCAAUCUUGAGCGAGAAGAAUGCUGAUGCUAAUCCUCAUGGAGCAAAGAUUGGUUAUCGAGGUUCAGAGAUCUAUGAAAGUUUAUUUAAAGACUACUGGGACGUAAUUAAAGACAGAGAAUGUUUGACAUUGGUUGAUCUGCAAGAAGCUAGUGUGCUUAUUGAUAGAAGCCGAAACUGUAAACGUGGAGCAAGUUCAGAGAAAUUUCCUGAAGAAGAUCACAAGUCAGAUGGAAAUUUAUUGGAUGAUAAUGAUGACAAUGAGCAAACAUUUCCUUUUGACUCUAAGGGCAAACCAAACAAAGUGAACACAUCACUGAAGAAAAGAAAAUCAAACAAGAAAACAUAUGUUGGCUGGGGUUCAGAAGAGCUGAUUGAAUUCUUGUCAUGUUUUGGCAAGGACAUAGCAAAACCUCUUGAUGAAGUUGAAGUUGUUGGAGUUGUUAAGGAGUACAUCAGACAGAAGAAUCUGUUCCUGGACAAUAAGAAAAAAAAUUUCAGGUGUGACGAUAAGCUGCGCUCUUUGUUUAAGAGAAGCAAAGUGAGAUGGAAUAAGAUCCAUAGGUUUCUGGAAAUGCACUUUGCUGCAAAUGCUGUUUCAGAGGAUGAAAGUCUUGAUGGUUCUGAAGAUGACGACGGACCAACUAUGAAAAAGAAACCACGGACUAGUCUGGAGCCGAAGAUUGCUAAGAGGGUUUCAGAGCAAAACAAGAGAUGCUUUGCCUCACUUAAUCAGAAUAAUCUAAAGCUAAUUUAUUUGAGAAGAUCUUUAGUUAUUAAACUUUUGAGUCAUCCGGACACAUUUGAGCAGAAAGUUGUUGGCUGUUUUGUUAGAGUCAAGAAUAACCCCACUCAUCACUAUCAAAUGUUUAAAAAGGCAUACCAGAUUGGGCUUGUGACAGGCAUUAAGAAAUCUUCAGAGGACUACAAGAUAAAGGACACAUUUACAAAUGUUGUCUUAUGUGUUACCGGUUUGUGGGAUGAUGUUAAGAUCUCAAUGCUGUCAGAUGAGGACUUCGAGGAGGACGAAUGCAAUGAUCUUAUUCCUUUGGUUGAGAAAGGACUCUUGAAAAGGGCUACUGUUGCUGAGUUAGAGGAAAAGGUGGCAGCUGUACAUACGGACAUAGUAAAUCAUUGGAUUGAUAAAGAACUUCUGAGACUGGAAAAAGAGAUUGAUAGAGCACACAUAAAAGGGUGGCGCAUAGAAAUGGAAGAACUAAUGCACCAAAAGAAGCUGCUAAGCACACCAGCUGAAAGACAGUGUCGCCUUGAAGAGGUUCCAGAAAUUAUUGUGGACUCAGAAGAGGAGAAAAAAGAAAUUGAACUCAAAAUUGCAGCCGACAACCCUUCUCAAGAGAAUAGAGAUAAAAAAAGGGAUAGAGCUUCUUGUUUGGUGGACAACAACAACAACAACAAAGCUUCUUGUUUGGUGGACAUGGAGAAAAAUUCUAAAGGUGCAGCAGAACACGUGGCUGAAUCUUUUGAAGUCCUUAAAGAGAAACCACCAGAAGGUGCAACAGAGCAAGUAGUUGAUGCAUUGAACAUUCCGAAUGAAGAAUCAUCAGAAGGUGCAGAAGAUCAAGGAUCUGAUUCUUUAAGACUCCGUGAAGAGGGAUCACCAGAAGGUGCUACGGAGAAAAUUGCUUAUUCUUUGAGACUUCUUAACAAAGAAUCAUCAGAAGUUGCAUCUAAGCAAGGCGAUGCUACUUGUGAAGUUGCUUCUGAAGAUGGUAGCACAGCUCAAGCCAUGGACAUUGACAAAGAUGAAAGUAACCACUCCAGGCGUGACAACGGAAGUAACAAAGUUGUUGUCAAUCUAGACAGUGAUGAAGAUGGGGAUCUUCACACGGAGCAACGUGAGCCAGAACGCGAGGCGUUGCAUGCUCCAACGGCCAUGAAUGGUGGAGAUCUUCACGUGGAACGACCCGUGUCAGGUCUGCCUGUAGCCUUACACGCCGAUGGCGCAGAUGGUAGCACAGCUCAAGCCAUGGACAUUGACAAAGAUGAAAGUAACCACUCCAGGCGUGACAACGGCAGUAACAAAGUUGUUGUCAAUCUAGACAGUGAUGAAGAUGGGGAUCUUCACACGGAGCAACGCGAGCCAGAACGCGAGGCGUUGCAUGCUCCAACGGCCAUGAAUGGUGGGGAUCUUCACGUGGAACGACCCGUGUCAGGCCCUCCUGUAGCCUUACACGCCGAUGGAGCUAUGAAUAGGGCUCUUCAUGCGGAGCAGGGCGAGCCAACGCAUGCAGCCACGAACGGGAUGUCACCUCUCACACCCCAGUGGCAUUACGUAGAUCCUCAAGGAAUCUCCCGAGGGCCAUUUUCACUGAUGCAUCUGAGGCACUGGAAACGAGGCGGCUUCUUCGGCGAGGACUUCCGAGUGUGGAGGACAGGGCAGGCGGUGGAGCAGGCCAUUUUGCUUACAGAUGCCUUCCGGCUGAAUCUGUAGCGCGCGCUCUCCGUCGAGCCUGUCAGCUCUUUUUUCCUUCUGUCUAGUCCUGAAACACCCUAGCUCAUUCUGCCAGAGAAUACUCGGGCGUUUGUUGGUGCGUCCUGCUGUAAUUCAGGAGGGCGUCUGUGGAGUCAAUGUGAAUGUUUAUUCUGGGUCGGAUUUACAUACAGUUCAUAGCGUUAUUGUUCCUGGGUACUCCGUAGACAGUGGAGUUGGGUCAACAUAGCAUGUUUGUGGUUCAAACUGGCACUCAAAAUGGAAAAAAGGAAAACUAGUUUAGCUCCAUAUGGAGUGUUGGCAC